GAAAAUCGGUUGACAUAAUCAUUAUUACCAUAUCUGGCUGCGUGUCUAACGCCAGCCCGCGCGCCUGCGAGUUGGUGGCCGCCAAAAUGGUUGUGACCCGCACACACCUCUCUGACCGACGUCCUCGGCGACCUACACUGACAGACAGCCUCUGUCCAAGCGUCCGUGCAUCUCGUCGUGACGCGUCAUAACAGCGCCGCCAUGGUCGUAGCGUUGACGCUUUUGUUCCUCGCCGUGAACAAGAAGCUCGGCGAACCGACGAAAGGCCAACUGGUCGAGAUGGCGAUGGAGAACAAACAGCGCGUCGGUAUGUCCCUACCUCACUCACAAUUCCAAUCUUUUGAACCCGGUGGUUGCAGGAGUGGACAGUGGCGACAUGCCUCUGCGGCGACUGUAUCGACCGAGACCACCCCGCUUCCUGCGUCGUUCCACACGAGCCCGAUCAAGAUCCUCGCCUUCUCCGCAGAUGGCUACACGGAGUCGAGUGUGCUCGCGCUCACGCUGCUGAUGGCGUGGCGUAAGCUCUCGCUACCCGAGGCAUAUGCCUGCAGAACAAGAAGCGGAGAUCGUCCUUCGUGUACACCGCGGACGUCCUGGUGCUGAAGCGGAUCGAGAAGGAGCGCGAGAGGGGGUGGGAGAGCAUGGGGCCGGGGAUCUUCCUUGGCUCGAGAGGAAGGAGGAGGAGAGUCCCGAGGAGGUUCAGAGUCCGCUGGAUCUCGAGAGCUUCAGCGAGAUUGCGCAUAACGAAAAUUGCUCCCCUC